UGGACUCUCAUACUCAAUUUGCCAAAUUGUAAUUUCGCGGUAAGCUACAUAAUGUCAGAAGAACAAGUAGUUAAUAUGAUGUUCAGUGAUGAAAAGGAUGACGAUGAACCCGAACUUUCCGUUUCGACUCUAGCUGCGUUGAAUGAGUUUCUCUCAGAAAGAAAGGAAAGAGAAGAACAAUUGCGGUUAAUUGCAGAGACAGCCGAAAAAAAUGACAAAGUCCUCGAUGAAGUUGUAUUGGAAGAAGAUUGGCAAUUAAGCCAAUUCUGGUAUGAUGACCACACAUCUGCUGUUCUUGCCAAAGAAGCUUUGAGAUUAGCUGGUGCUGAAGGCAGAAUUGCAUGUUUAUCUUGCCCUACACUAUACAAAGAAUUGAGGAAGCUGAAACCAGCAUCAGUCAAAGCCCAGUUGUUUGAAUAUGAUACACGCUUUAGUGUGUAUGGAGAUGAUUUUACCUUCUAUGACUACCGUUCUCCACUUGAGGUACCAAAAGAUCUCGGAUCAGCAUUUGACAUUGUAGUCGCUGACCCACCGUUCCUCAGUGAGGAAUGUCUAACUAAAACUGCGCUGACCAUGAGAUAUCUCUCCAAAGGUCCUCUCAUCCUUUGCACAGGUAGCAUUAUGGAAGACUUAGCUGGUCGUUUGCUUCAGCUCAAGAUGUGCGCCUUCCAACCUAAACAUCGUAAUAAUCUUGCCAAUGAUUUUCGCUGUUAUGCCAACUACGACUUUGAUUUGGCCACAGUGGUUCAUGAAACGUCCUGAGGCUUUACCUUUCCAUACAAUUUUCUAACUAAUUAUUCAGAAACGCGGUGGUGCUCCAAGCAAGAUCGAAACUGAUAAUAAAAUGCGGACGACGAUGACAA